AUGGCUUCAGAAAUCCUACCUGACAUAAAGAAGGAGGUGACCUGUCCCAUCUGCCUGGAACUUUUGACAGAACCUUUGAGUCUAGUCUGUGGCCACAGCUUAUGUCAAGCCUGCAUCACUGUGAACAACAAGAAGGCAAUGAUUGGUCAAGAAGGGGAAAGCAACUGUCUUGUAUGUGGUAUCAGAUACUCAGUUAGAAAUCUACAGACAAAUCAGCAUCUGGCCAAGAUAGUGGAACAACUCAGAAAGGUCAAGUUGAGCCCAAAUGAUGGGAAGAUAAGCGAUCUCUGUGAUCGCCAUGGAGAAAAAUGCCUACUCUUCUGCAAGGAGGAUAGAAAGAUCAUUUGCCGGUUUUGUGAGUGGUCUCAGGAGCACCGUGGUCACCACACGUUCCUCACGGAGGAAAUAGUCAAGGAAUGUCAGGAGAAGCUCCAGGCAAUUCUCAAGAGGCUGAGGAAAGAGCAUGAGGAAGCUGAGAAGUUGGAAGCUGACAUCAGAGAAGAGAGAACUUCCUGGAAGUAUCAGGUGCAAACUGAGAGACAAAGGAUACAAAAAGAAUUUAAGCAGCUUAGAGGCAUCCUGAACAGUGAGGAGCAAAGAGCACUGCAAAGAUUGGAAGAAGAGGAGAAGACAACUCUGGAUAACUUGGCAGAUGCUGAGGAUGAAAUAGUUGAGCAGAGGCAUUUGGUGAAGGAGCUCAUUUCAGAUAUGGAGCGUCGAGGUCAAUGGUCAGCAAUGGAGCUGCUGCAGGACAUGAGUGGAAUCAUGAAAUGGAGUGAAAUCUGGACACUAAAAAAGCCAAAAACUGUUUCUAAGAAGCUGAAGACUAUAUUCCGAGCUCCAGAUCUGAGUAGGAUGCUGCAAAUGUUUAGAGAGCUAACAGAUGCCCGAUGCUACUGGGUGGACGUCACACUGAAUUCAGUCAACCUAAGUAUAAAUCUUGCCCUUUCAGAAGAUCAGAGACAAGUUAUAUCUGUACCAAUUUGGCCUGUUAAGUAUUAUAAUUAUGGUAUCUUGGGAUCCCAAUAUUUCUCUUCAGGGAAACAUUACUGGGAAAUAGAUGUGUCCAACAAGACUGCCUGGAUUCUGGGGGUAUACUGUAGAACACGUUCCCAUAAUAUAAAGUUUGGUUUCGGAAGAGGUACAAAUCAUCAAAAUGUUUACUUCAAAUACAGACCUCUAUUUGGCUACUGGGUUAUAGGGCUACAGAAUAAACUUAAGUACAGUGCCUUUGAGGACUCUUCCUCCAUUGUUCCUAAGAUUUUGACUCUCUCCAUGGCUGUGCUUCCUCAUCGUGUUGGGGUUUUCCUAGACCAUGAAGCAGGCAGUGUCUCAUUUUUCAAUGUCACAAACAAUGGGUCACUCAUCUACAAGUUCUCUAAAUGUUGCUUUUCUCAGCCUACUUAUCCGUAUUUCAAUCCUUGGAACUGUCCAGUCCCUAUGAUUCUAUGCCCUCCAAGCUCCUGA